UCUCUUAAAUCUCCUGGCAGAUUCUUCACCACCGAGUCACCAGGGAAGCUCCAAUUUGAAAGAUGUCACCUUCAAAAUCUACCUUGCACCACUCAUUUUUGUUUUCUAUUUAAUUAAUUUUAAAUUGUUGUUUUUAUUCUAUUGCUUUCUAGAUCUAUCUGGUCUCUCUUUCUAGUUUCCUAUGGUGCACUGAGGUACUAAAACCUGAAUCCAGAGAAGACAGGAAGUGCUAAGUCUGAGGAGACACAAGAGUGCUGAAUGGAGCUGUACUGCCAUGGUCCCUCUUGCCCUCUUGUGUGACUAGUUUAAGAGAGGAUGUGGAUGGGCCUCACAGGAGGGAUGGUACACAAAUGCUCUCUUUCCACUCUGAGCUCUGAUACGUUUCUGACAGAAGGGAAGUGGACAGGUAAUACAAGUUCCCAUGGAUCUUGUUUCUGAGGAAGACUCAACCUAUGUGCAGAUAUCCCAAUCCUCAUGUCAUAAAGCAAUUGUUAACUCAGGGCUUUCCCCUCAUAUGACUCAUGCCAGACCUUAGGAAGUAGAGAAACGGAGGAACCAUCAAGAGACAAGCCAUGGGGGUUCGAUUUUGUGUAAGAGGCGCAUUCAGAUCCUCUAAGCAGGCUUGAGGAAAGAUGGCCAUUUCAUUCAAAUUGUCAUUGAGGAUUCCGAAGAAAUAACUAUGAUUAAGAUGAUAGAGCGGAAGAAGAAAAGAGAGAAAACUAAAAAAGACAGAGUAGGAGCAGCCAAGAAGAUCCAGGCCUGGUGGCGUGGCACCCUGGUGCGCCGGACAUUGUUGCAUGUAGCCCUGAAGACUUGGAUGAUUCAGUGCUGGUGGAGACUGACAAUGGACAGGCUGCUGCAGAAGAAGCGGAGGGCAGCCCUGAUUGCCUAUGCAUACAGAGAGAGGGCAGUGGUCAAGCUCCAGUCUUUUGUCCGUAUGUGGCGCAUCCACUGGAGAUACUGCCAGGUGCUCAAUGCCAUCUAUGUCAUCCAGUACCACUGGCAAUGCCACAACUGCCAGACCUGUGCCCUCCUCCGGGGCCACUGUGUGGUCACAGCCACUCACCUGCAGUUUCACAUUGAGAUCAUUAACCCCUAAGAAAUGGCUAGAAGGGGCACUGUGUCUCCUGUCCCAUAGUAAAGGUCUAACCUGACAUAAA